CCCACUACACUAAUCGUAUAAGCAGCGCCCUUAUCUUGGCUGCUAGCGAGCGCCGAUAUCAGGCUGCUAGAUUUUACAAACAUAAAAACUUUAAAUUUUUAAAUAAAUAAAUAAAUAAAAUAAAAUAACAUGCGGAUACUGUAGUCUGCGUUUAAUAUUAUACCUGAAAAAUUUCUUUGAUACAAUUGAACCUAUAGUAACAUAAUAAAUCUUAGCUUUCUCUUUUUCGAAAUUCUUUUCAAAAGUCAUGUGACUUACAAAUAGCAUAAGUAUAUAUAGGUGAGACUCUUAGAGCAUCCCUUAGACGUUUUCAAGUCUAUUUCUGAGCAAGUUUAUCCGAAGUCUGUGUGCAGCUAGUUUUCAAGUGUGAUUAGUAAAAGAUAUAGUUUUUCCGAAAAAUGAGUGAUAUGGAAAUCGAAGUUAUCGACAUCGCUGAUGAUGAUUACAUCGAAGUUAUCGACAUCGCUGAUGAUGAUUACAUCGAAAUCAUCGACAUCGCGGACGAUGAUGAUGAAGUCGAAAUUGGAGAUGUACAUAAUGUACAUUGUGUAAAUAAUGUAAAUAUAGAUGUAAAUAAUGAAGAAAAUAUAAAUAUGGAUGUAAAUAUGGAUGAACAAAUCGACGUUGCUGACAUCGUACAACAUCAUAUAAACGACGAGAAUUUUUUUAACAUCAUCGAUGAUUUUGAUGAAAAUGUGCCGGAUUUCCACCUUGAGGAGGAACAAGAGGAUAACGAGAGCGUGCUGUCUGAAGAUAGCAAUUACAAUAGUGACUGUAGUGAUGAUUUUGAAGAAUCUGUGGAAAGGCCUAUCAGUAUUAGGCAAGUCCAAGCCAUAAACGAAGAAACGAAACAUUGUGCUAUUUUUUCAUACUAUAAAACCGAGCAGACAUACGGCACAGGCACAUACACGGCUUGUGCUGAAUGCAUGGUGGAAUUGAUGGUCGCAGACGUGGACCAUUUUUUCGCCGUCCGUCAACACCUUACGGACAGGUUUACGGCAAUUAGCAGCAAAUAUUGCUCUAAUUGUCGUAAACCAGUAUACAUAUUAAUUCCAUGCAAUAUGUGUCCGGUCUGCACACAUUAAAAAAAAAAAUAAUUAAAUAAAUAAAAAAAAACUAUGAAAAAACUAAGAAAAAAAUUAAAAAUAAAAUAAAGUUAAAAAAACAUACAUUUCUUGACAAUAGUCACCAUUUCCACCACCACUACCACUAUUAUUGGAGGGGCGCACCGUAUAAGAAGAACAUCGCCAUACAUCAGUCGCUCAUUACGAAUAUCCUCACUACAGUCGCUCAUUACCAAACGGACAACAAAGGAUAACGUUGGCUGCUGGAGUCAAUUGGAAAAACGUACUUCCCGAAGAUGAACUACUACGUUCCAAUCCAGGAAAACGAAGCUCAUGAUAAACCAAAAUCACAGCCGCGCCAUACACCUCGCAUCCUGAGAAGGAGAUUUCCCCUUACGGCUACAUCCUACAAGUACUUGGAAAUGGGAAUCAGCGUAGGGUCUGAGCCUUUUGUGGAGAUGAUUCUUGGCGACAACAAGGGAAAUCAGCUAAUUUUGCCAUAUAUAACAUGGCAAAAAUUUAUCGAGAGACGUGUGGAUAUUGAAGAACUCGUACGAGCAACUAUACCAUCUUCGAGACUUUUUAUUUGUGAUUUAGUAAUAGAAAUUGUAAACGUACACGAUAAAGGUAUCGUAAAAUUAACACUGUAUAAUACCUGUAUAUAUAUGAAACCAUUAACAAUAUUAUUUUUACUUAAUUUCGAACACUGCGUUGAAUCUAUGUAUAAUCAAUUAUAUCAAAAUACUUAUAGUGUAAGUAAUAAAUAUAAGAAGUUUAUUACUAUUUUGCGUCAAAAUUAUGUUACUAAUAAGUAUGAUGCUAUAAAAAUGCUGAAUGAAAAUUAUGAUAAAACUUGUAUCAUAGAAUGCGAACUAGUGACUUAUGCAUCCGAUAAUAUUGUAUAUGAUGCUUUACAUAAUUAAUAAAUAUGUUUUUGUAUAAA